CGGGACCCCAUGAGGACCUCCGUGCACGUCUCGAGCUGCCGCUUCCUGCGUCUCGGCUGUCGGAACGACGAGCACGAGCUCUUCGCGCCGUCCUACGCCAGGAGCAACAAAAAGCGCAGCUCGAAGCUGCUGCGCUGCUUCCCGCAUUGCUGUCCAGACCACGUCACGCGCAGCUACUGCGGGUGCUCACUGCAUUUGCUCGUCACGUUCGCGUCCGCCGAUGAAACAGCCGCAGCCGAGCGGAACGAGGAUUUGAUUGUGUGCGCACGGUUUGAGACCGCCGUCACGGUGGCUGUGUCGGGCGCGGGGGAGGUUGUCACGGCGUUGCCCACCGACUCCAUCGUGGCGCUGCCUGGGAGUGCCAUACAGCAAUCCGAGUCUGAGAACGACUGGCUGCGCGCUGAGAAAGCCAACGACGUGUACCAGCAGCAACUGCCAGUGUGGUACUACGGGUACGAGAGCGGGUCUACGAAGGCCCAGCGCGAGAUGAAACACGUGCUGGCUGCUCAGAUGGAUUUCCGCAUCCAGCGCCGAUGGCUGGCGAAGAUCCCGCCCGUGAAUCGGACUGAGCAACUCGGCGCAACUGCUGACACCACCGCGCACACGUUGGUGGCGGAGAUCGCCUCGGUCUUCGCCCUGUCGACCUUUGUGCGUGGAUGUUCAGUGGCCGAGAGCGUGGCGGCAAAUAAUCCGCUGCGUGAGCAAGUCGUCCUGCGGUCUUGCGCCGACUUGGUUCUGGACGCGUUCUCGUCACUGCGGGUGCAGCAAAUACUGUCGGCGGCCACUCAAGCGGACAGCGAGGCCGCUACGAGCACCCCAUUGCCCGAGUCGUGCGCACGAUUUGACCGGUUGGUCGGCGAUAUAUUUGAAGAAUUCACGCAGCUACUAGCAGCCAGAAGCAGCAACAACUCGUACUUCGGCGAGCAAUCACACUCUGGUCACGUUUCACUUUCAGCGCUUGUGGACGACAUUCUGUCCCUGGUGUACGCGGAGCCGAAGUACUCUUUUCUUCGCAGCACUGCGUCUGCGCUGUUGCUUCGGAAGGACGAGUCGUUGGAAAGAGCUUCGCACGAGUUGUUUCGGGCGUUCUUACAGCAGCUAGAACAAGGCCGUGUGAAACAAUCGACCAACGAGUGGGGGAGGCGCUGGUUUCUCGCCCCAUCAUCGAUCUCCAUCGUCCCUCUGGACAUCACACCGGGCGACGAAAGCAACAACGCCGAUCUCCUCGCUUCGUUGCCCAACGCCAGCACUUCUUCCGACUUCUCUGUGCUGACGGUGAUCGCACUCGUCCGGACGCUGGCAAGUGUGGAUGUGGCGCUGGAAGGAACGCGUCUCAGUAUUGGGUCCGCCUCGUGCGAUAGUGUCCAAGAACCUGAGACGAUACCAAACACCGUGCUGGAGUUGGACGGCCAGGUACACGAGUUCGAGACGUUCCCCAACGGCUGGUGCGUCGCGGCUGGCUCCGUCGUGUUAGGCGACGCCUGCAGCUUCAGUCUGUACGAAGGCCGCGUCGCAGACGAUGGCGCAUCUCUGGAGCUGUUGCUGUUUUCCCUCCCGACGUCCUCGAUACAGUGCUGGCUCUCGAGUCGCAGCGACGAGAUUCCAGAGGGGAUGGCUCGUCGAUUGCAGGCUCCCCAGCAGCCAUCACCGGGGUCGCGGACGAGCGUGGACGCGGAGGAUUACCUGGACGAAAUGUCGGCAUUGGGUUGGUCUCCGACCGUUGAGGUGCACGCGACGUAUGUGGGCGUGGCGGCCCUACCAUAG